AUCUGAGUCUUCUGAAUCCCACUUAGUACUGUGUUGAGCUCUCACCUAUCACAAUGAGCAACAAAUUCCUGGGCACCUGGAAACUUGUCUCUAGUGAGAACUUUGACGAUUACAUGAAAGCUCUGGGUGUGGGGUUAGCCACCAGAAAACUGGGAAAUUUGGCCAAACCCACUGUGAUCAUCAGCAAGAAAGGAGAUAUUAUAACUAUACGAACUGAAAGUACCUUUAAAAAUACAGAGAUCUCCUUCAAGCUAGGCCAGGAAUUUGAAGAAACCACAGCUGACAAUAGAAAAACCAAGAGCAUCGUAACCCUGCAGAGAGGAUCACUGAAUCAAGUGCAGAGAUGGGAUGGCAAAGAGACAACCAUAAAGAGAAAGCUAGUGAAUGGGAAAAUGGUAGUGGAAUGUAAAAUGAAGGGCGUGGUGUGCACCAGAAUCUAUGAGAAGGUCUGAAAAAUCGUUUCCUCAUUGAAGUGGCUUUUGAUCAUUUAAUGAUGGAAAUCAGUUGCUUCCAUUGACAAAACUGAAUACACUGCAAAUAUUUGUUUUUGCUUUUGUCUUAAUAUAUCAGAUAUGCAAAGGCCUAAACUGAUAAUUAAUCUAAAAGUCAGUGUUAUUUAAACAUUUUUAAUGUGCAUGCAUGUCAUUAUUACAUCAAAGCAUAUAUAUUGGCCAGACACGAACAGUUGAUGAUGUCAUUCAAUUAACUACAAAAUUCUAAUCUAUGUUGAACUUUGUAUACUUGAAAUGAUAAUAAAAAGUAUAUAAUUUCUUAGUAAAAUGAAAUCAAAGUAUUGAUCAGGGUAGCAAACUCAAAUGCUGACAGGGGCCAGAGGAGUUAUGGAGAAGGAGCAUCAGAAAUGAGGCAAGCUAGGAGAAUGGGCUAUUUUAAUGUAAAGAAUUGUAGUCUCAGUUAAAAGGGGUAGCCUCUACUCCAGUCAACAUUUUAAAGUUAAUGGAUAAUUUAUAGACAGUUAAAUGCACAGAUAUUAAGGGUAGAGUUCAGUCCACUGUGACAAAUGCAUGCACCCAUAUAACUCACAUCCCAAUCAAGACACAAAACAUUUUCUUAAUCCUAGUACGUUUUUUUCUGUCCCUUCCCGAUCAGUGUCCUUUUCUGUUCCACCCCUACCAAAAGCAAGUGGUGGUUUGGUUUCUAACACAUAAAUUAAUUUUUCCUGCUCAUAUGAAGGGAAUUAUACAUCAUGCAUUCUUUUCUGUUUGCCUUUUUUAAAUUCAGCAUCAUGUUUUUGAGAUACAUCCAUAUUGUUGCAUGCAGCUGUAGUUUGUUUCUUUUUAUUACCAAGUACUAUUCCAUUGUAUGAAUGUAUCACAGUUUAUCCAUUCUACUAUUAAGACAAUUGGGCUAUUUCUAAUUUUCGGCUGCUAUGAAUAAAGCUGCUACAAAUAUUUUUACAAGACUUUUUGUAAACAUAGGAGUUCCUUUAUUUUAAAUAAAUAACUAGUCAUAUCAUUAGGUCCAGUAAUUGUUGACAGGCAGGAACGGGGGACCAUUGCAUUGUGCCCAAGUAAUAAUAAAACUAUUUCAGAUGUAUUAUAUGAUUGAGCAAACGAGAAAACAUGUUGAUGUUGAUGGGACUCAGGAUGUUCACUGUGGAAAAACAAAUAUACAAAUAUGAAAUGAGGGAAGGCAAGAAAGAACCAUGUGGAAAUGGAAUAGAAUUGAUAUAAAUUCAUAAUUUCUAAACCAUGUAUAUGUACGUUUAUAUGUAUUAUAAUUGCAUACACAUGCCUGCAUGCAUAUAUGUGUGUGAUAAUACACAUGUAUUUAUGUGUGUGUGUGUGUAUACACAUGCAUAUAUUUACUAAUUCUAUCUGCCAAAAGGGCUUAGACACAAAAACACCUCAGCAGAAAUGAAUAUACCUGGCACUCAGAUCUUCAUGUCUAAUAUAAUUUGCCACUAAAAGGAACCAAGGCUACUUGGAAAAAUGGCUAAUUCCAAAGCAAGGGCAAGGUAGGAACAAGAUGAGCCUGAAAUAUUGUGUUAUGCCAGAAAGUAAUGUUCAAAAAAAAAUAGAGGUAUAUUGCCAAAACAUAGAGCCAGCUUGAAGGGGCUCCCACUGGCCAAACUUAGCCAAUUUGAGAGCAAAAUAAUUGAGAAAAAUAAAUAACAAAAUAAUUGAGAAAAAAAUAAAAUAAAUUCCCAAUUCCAUUGGGAAAAAAUAGAAAUCCAUGAAUCCAUACUGAUAUAAUGAUAGAUAAUUGAUAGGUAGAGGACUGACAGAUGAUAGACAGAUAGAUUGGUAGAUAGAUAGAUAGAUAGAUAGAUAGAUAGAUAGAUAGAUAGAUGGACAAAUGAGAAGGUGUCUUUUUUGCAAUAGAAUGUCAUGGACCAGUGUUAAAUGUGAGUGGAAGGAGUUCUGGAAUUGGAAAACCAUCAUUUUUCAACCAUUACAGUAAAUAUGGCUCAGGCAAGAAUUAUCAAUCAAUGCUAAAGCUAGGGGGAAAUUUCGAUUAGGAGCAGGAUAUUAGUAUAUUAGCCUGGGCUUAAAGUAUCUCCUCACAGAUUGUUGUUAGUUUCUGGGGAAAGAAUAGUAACCAUGCAAUGGAAAAAAAUGGACACCCUCUUGACUAGGUUAUCAAAAUUAACCUCACCAGUAAAGGAUGGAUGUUCAACAUGUGCCUUCAAAUGUGACCCACUGAGAAGGAAACAACAUCACUUUAACAACAACAACCAAAAACGACAGGGGGUUUUGACUGAAUUCUUCAAAAAUGUCAAUGUCAUAGAAGACAAAGAAAGGUUGUGGAAAUGUUUCAGAUUAAAUGAUAGUAAAAACAUCUGACAACUAAACAUAGUAAGUAAUACUAGACUGGAUUUUGUACCAGAGGUAACAUAAAUGCUCCAAAGGACAAUGUUAGGUCAACUGGCAAAUUGGAAUAUAGACAAUCAGAUAAGAAGUAUACUUUGAUUAAGUAAAAGAAUAUCCCUAUUCUUGGAAAAUACACAAUAAAGUAUUUUGAGGUAACGGGCCAUAAUGUAUGCAAUCUACUCUCAAAAAAUUCAGAAACAUAUAUUUGUGUGCAUUUGCGUGUGCAACAGUACACACAAACAUACAUAAAGAGAGCAACUGAUAAGGCAAAUAAGGUAAAAUUUAACAAUAAUCUGAUACACAUAAACAGAGAAAGAGCGAUUGAUAAAGCAAAUGAGAUAAAAUUUAGCAAUAAUCUGAGUAAAACGUAUAUGUGCUUUCUUUGAGACAGUCUGAUUCUUGCAACUUUUUCUGUAAGUUGGAAUUUAUUUCCAAACAUGAUUGAAAAAAAAACCCUGCACUUGGCAACUUCUUCUCUUUUUCAGCCUAGAAAUGUCUGUGUUAAGUGGUUUUUUGUUUAUUGUUGUUGUUUGUUGUUUUGUUGCCAGGCUCCAACUCAUAAAAUAAGAGUUUAAAAACUGCGUUGUUAUUUUUAAAGAUUUGUGAUAAUACAACUUGUUAUAAAAUUUAUUCCUCAAUAAAUAUAAUUUCUCUACUAUGCAAAAA